AUGGCGGGCGGCAAGAAACUCACAAAAGAAGACGAAAUUUUGCUGCAAAAUUUCAGCAGAACCGUUUCAACUAAAUCUUCAGCAUUAUUCUAUGCCAAUGCAUUCUUCGUCUCAGCCAUUCCUCUCUGUAAGCCCUACCAAUUCAACAUGUACUUCGCUCUUAAAUAUUAUCGCAUGCGCUCUUUGUUUGAAUCGGAAUGUCUCUUAAUACGAAAAUGUAUUUUUAAAGUGAUUUUAAUCUUAUGUUAGGGUUGUUUUGGAGGAUUCACCAAAUGGAUCCUUAUUCAUCUGGCAUCAUGUUCGUCGUUAUGACUCUCGCCAGUACGUGGCUAGUGGCUUUUGCCUACAAGAACGUGAAGUUUCAAUUGAAACAUAAGUAAGUCCGCUGUAAUACUAUACGAUUUGUGUGUAUACGUUUCAAAUUGUUAUUGGUCAGUGAUGAACGAAGGCAUGAGUGGGUUGUUGUAUUAGUCAAAAUAUGGAUCAAACUCUAGUGAUGUUGCGAGUUGCUUUACAAAUUUCAAACUAGUUUGGUUUAGAUAAAUGUUUUAUCAAACAUGUGUUCAUUAAUCUAGUAAUUUCAAAUGAGGUAAGUGCUGCUCAAGAGUAAGGAGAGUAUAAGGGGGGGAGGGGGUCCUGCUCAUGAUUCACAUACAUCAAAAGUUACAAAUGAUGUGUUACUAAAACUUGUUUAUACAACUUUAAGGUUCAUGUAUAACGAGAAGCAAAAAAUUUACUGUUUUGUAUUUUCACUGAUCGCGAAAAUUAAAAAAGCUUUAUCCCAUAUAACGCAUCAACCCCCUCCCCCCCUCAUCUCAGAGAAAAGCAAAGUCAAUUGUGAGAAGUUUGAGGUAAAUCAAAUUGUGCACACAUUAAGAUCAUUAAGAAAAGGUUAUUCCAAUUUCAAUAAAGCUACAAGUAAAUCCAAUAAUUGAUAGAAGCCCAAUGAAGUGCCAUAAACUAUAGAGAUUUUUGUACAGGCCUAUCCUUUAUUAUGCAUAUAGUAUUGGAUAAAAGAAGACAACAGCAAAACAAUUGAUUACCUUAGGGACUCUGGAAUUAUUUUAGAAUAGUAUGGGGAUAUACAAAAAUCUUAUCAGUUUUGACUGUCACAUUCAUGUUUUUAUUACAUUUUGUUUCAUUAUAUUAUUACUUUUUAACUAAGAUGUCUGCAUUUAUUUUUUAGGAUUGCCCAACGAAGAGAUGCCUCAGUUACCAAAGAAGUCAGCGUGGAGCUGGAUUCUAAUAAGAAGCUGACCCGCCAAGAAAAGGAUGAAAGGUUUAUAUUAAAUUGAUUUAAAUAUACUUGUAUUUUAUUCAGUAUAAUACAGAGUUCACAUCAUGGGGUUUGUGAUUGGCUAAAUAGCUUUUUUCCUCUACUUUGUACUAAUUUUCAUACUCUAAGUGGGAAUUAAAAAUUAGUCCAAAAAUAAAUUAUUUCAACUACAACACACAUACAGUGAAACUUCUAUUAAGCAGACCCCCUAAUGAAUGAGUUGCCCAUAAGUGGAUCGUUGCAUUUGCACAAAGAUUUCUGGGACCACCAUAUGACAAACAUUGCUAGAGGGAAAUGUUAAUCAUGAACAAUUAUUGCACAAUUUUUACAAACCUCUAUUAAGGGGAUACUCUCUAUUAGGCAGACACUUGAGAAGGUUCCGAGGAUAUCCGCUUAACAGAGGUUUCAGUGUACUUGUUUAAGAAUCUGAAGCUACAUUAAAUAUUUUCCUAGAAAAAUAUUUUUAAUUCAACAAUAUAAAAGUUUUGAAUUUUAGGAAACCAGAACAAUGAGGAUGGUACCAUUAAUCAACUGUGUUGUGGGCUUUGGGGGCAUGGACAUGGGGCUUUUUGUUUUUUUAUUUUCAUAUUGUGUCAUUUGUUUAGCUAGCAAAAUACAACAUUUGACCUUGAUUUGUUGAUUCAGAAGUCAGUUAUGCUCAAAGUGUAGUUUUCAAAGGAGUCUGCAUCUCAUGCCAUUAUAAAUUGGAUUUGUUUUUGUCUUUCCAGAAUCCUUUGGAAAAAGAACAAGGUUGCUGAAACUGAAGCCAUUACUUUCUCCAUAUUUUACAACAAUGCCUUGUACCUGUUUUUGGUCCUGAUAGCUUCAUUUUAUGUUCUGCGGACAUUUAAUCCUGCUGCGUAUCCUUUAUAACUCUUCUUGUAGUUUGGAAGUUAUAAUCUUUGCAUUAAGUUCAAAUCCUGGUGUUGUUGUUGAAGACACUUUUUUCCCUUUUUUUUUUUGGUUUUGUUUUGCAUUACCUAACCCUUAGCUCCCUCAUGUUUACCACUCUGGGCCCAAUUGUUCAAAGGCCGAUCAGCACUAACCCAGGGUUAAAUUUUAAUUCAGGUUUCUAUACUUCUAUGUUCAAAAGCCGUUUUAGGGUAAUUUUCUCCAUUUGUUUUGGGAGCAUUCAAUCAUCAAAUUGAAGACAAAAAGAGUUAAGCCAAAUUUUCUUUUUAAGCUUUCAGAUCUUACAUCAAAAUUUUCACUAACCCUGGGUUAUCUUAACCCAGAUUUGACCAACCCGGCCCUGUUUUCUUAACAUUGUGUAUGGCACUGACAAGGAGAACAUGUUUGACCAUCAGGAGCUCCAUAAAAUGAUGGUCAUUUCCUUUAUUCUUAUGACCUUUACAUUUGAAUCAAGGGUGAUUGUGUUUAGGAGAAAUUAGAGACCAGACACUUUUGAGGGUUGAAGGGUGAACUUGAUAAAUAAGUAGUGGUAAAUGGAGUGUAAAAUGUUAGCUGCCUAGUGACAAAAGUUCCAGUGACUUCCAUCCAAUAUUACCCUGGGAAGGUAAUCAAUUGUUUCCUAUGUUCAUGUUGCUCAUGAUUGCAGACUUCAAGAACUUCAAAGUUACCUGAAAGAUGGUAGAAAUUAAGAAACCUUAUUAGACUGAACUAUUAUUGACAACCCUGAAAAGGAUAAACUUGUCAAACCAGUCUUUGAAAAAUCUAGGUUUUUCUAUCUGGGAGUUAAUAGUAAAUGUCAGCUGUACUUCACUUUGCAGCUCACUUUUAAGGUAAUUCUUUAACAGUCUUUAAGAAACUACCUACUCUCCACAUCCAUAGCUGGUGGUGUCCUUGCUCUGCUGUCUACUGGAUCAUCCUCCUAA